AUGGCGUCUGGAAACCCUUACACCCUGAAAUGGGGCAUCAUGGCCACCGGCGGAAUCGCAGAGACCUUCUGCAAGGAUCUCCUGUGCAACCCCGCGAUUCGAGGCGCCGAUGAUGUGCGCCACGAGAUUGUGGCCGUGGCCUCUUCCAGCAGCAGCAAGAGAGCAGAGGAGUUCCUCCAGAGAAUCGACGGUGCCUUUGACGCCAAGACGUACGGAUCAUACCCGGAACUUGUGGCAGACCCCAACGUCGACAUCGUCUAUGUGGCAACUCCCCACAGCCACCACUUCCAGAACACCAUGCUGGCGCUGGAAGCCGGCAAGAACGUCUUGUGCGAAAAGGCUUUCACCGUGACGGCCGCGCAGGCCCGAAAGCUGGUUGAGACGGCCAAGGCCAAGAAGCUCUUCCUGAUGGAAGCUGUGUGGACACGGUACUUUCCGCUGAGUAUCAAGAUUCGAGAGCUCAUUGCCGCCGGCGAGAUUGGCACUGUCUUUCGAACAAUCGCCGACUUGUCCAUCAACGCAAACUCAGAGCAGGGUCAAGCCCUGAAAUUCGCAGACUCACAUCGAAUGGUCAACCCGGACCUCGCAGGCGGUGCCACCUUGGAUCUCGGAGUCUAUCCCUUGACCUGGGUGUUCCAGACCCUGUAUCAUUUGCAACCGGAGGAAGACAAGGAGGCUCCCACCGUGGUUGCUUCCAGCAACAAGUACACCACUGGCGCAGACGAGAAUACCGCCAUCAUCUGCAGCUUCCCUCGCCACAACAGCAUUGGAAUUGCUUCGACGACGAUGAGGGCGGACACCGACCCCGAGAAGGACACCAUUCCGGCGGUCCGAAUUCAAGGAUCCAAGGGAGAAAUCCAAGUCUUCUUCCCGACCUACCGACCGCUCAAGUACAAGGUGGUGAAGACGAACGGCGAGGCGCAGACGGUUGACUGCCCCAUCCCCGGAGACCCCGCGCGCAAGGGCUCGGGCCACGGAAUGUUCUGGGAGGCGGACGAGUGUGCUCGAUGCCUUCGCGAUGGCAAGUUGGAGAGUGCCACGUUGCCAUGGAAGGAGAGCAUUGUCAUUAUGGAAACGAUGGAGGAGGCGCUGAGGCAGGGUGGCGUCACGUAUCCGGAGCUGAUUACCACGGAUGUCUAUGAUCCCAAGAGCCCUCUCAACACGGGGAAUCAGUAG